AUGAGAAAAUUGCAUGGUCUCGGUCCGAAGUGUGAGGCUUUUGACUGCCUUGCGUCUCAAAGGUUGCGAUAUAUUCUGGGGACCAGCAAUGCCGAUACUGUCAUUUGCUCCCCCAAGACACACGCCAGCUGCGUUGAGGUCGCUGAGAACCCCAUAGUCUCGAAGCAAGACGCAUUCACGGAUGACGGAGGGCAUGAUAGCUGGGGUCAGCCACUAGUCACUGCCAACAACAUCGCGUAUGUGGCCUUCACCUCGGGGUCGACCGGCACGCCAAAGAGUGUGGUGAUUGAGCAUGGCAUGAACCACUCGAUGCUCAAAGGUUGGGAGUCCUUGUGGUCGAUUUGCUCCACAACCAGAUGCCUGUGGUUCUCGUCUCCUGCUUUCGAUGCGACCAUUCUCGAAGUGCCUCUGAUGCUAGCUGCUGGCGGUCGUAUCUGUAUCUCUUCUGAUGAGGAGCGGAUGAACAAUCUGGAGGGAGCCAUGUCAGAUAUGAAGGUCAAUUGGAGCUUCUUCGUCCCAUCCGUGGCUCGAACUCUUUCGCCAUCGGAGAUCCCAGGCCUUCGCCUGCUCGUUCUUGGAGGGGAAACACUCGCUCCGUCAGACUUGGAAAUGUGGCUUCCACAUGUCGAGCUGCACAUCGCAUACGGCCCCACUGAGUGCACUGCCAUGACCACCAGUCGUCAAGUGACGGCCCUGGAUAUGAACCGGAUCAAUAUCGGUCACGCUCCGGCGGCAACUUGUUGGAUUGUCGAGACCCCGAUAAUCACAAUCAGCUUCGACCAGUGGGAGCCACUGGAGAAAAUGGCCGCUGCAUUUGUGGAAAACCCAACAUGGGCAUCUGACUUUCCUGGUCUUUCUGUCAGCCAGCUGUACAAGUCUGGGGAUCUGGCGCGCUUCGACCCAGAUGGCAUUUUGAUUUACCUCGGACGAAAAGACCCACAAGUCAAGAUCAACAGACAGCGCAUCGAGCUGCAAGAGAUCGAGCAAUGUGCGAAGCAGCAUCUUCCCAACAUGGAGGCGGUCGCUGAGGUUGUGUCUUUCCAACACAAUAAAGGCUCCAAGCUUGCAUUGUUCACCUGCUUGGCUGCCGGUGAAAUCAAAAUGUCACUCAGCGAGAAAGAAGGUGGAAUCUUUCUUCCUCCUGCCGACUCCGACAACUUCCAACGUGAGAACUUGCGCAAGCACCUCAAGCAAUCCUUAGCGCCCUACAUGGUCCCUUGGCUUGUCAUCCCUUUGAGCUAUCUUAUUGACCGAGUUUGA